ACCUCUGCCUCGCAAACAUUCGUGACCACACUCCUGAAGCGUCUCUACCCGUUGCUAUAUUGAUUGCGUAAGGGGAGACACUUCACGAGUGAGUUUCACAGAUCCCAAUCUGCUUCACAUGCUUAUGUAGAGGGAUAAACUAUGAAAAGGGUAUUCUGAUUUUGAUUCCCUUUUUCUACUCUAGUGACAGACGUAACAGAAACUAUGAUGGAUGCCUCUACACCUGCUAUGACAACAAGAGAGAUGCCCACCAUCCGCAUGGUGAAUGGCAAUGACCGCUGCCAGGGCCGUGUGGAGGUGUUCCACAUCAACCAGUGGGGCACGGUGUGUGAUGACUCAUGGGACCUUCAAGAUGCCCAGGUGGUGUGCAGGCAGCUGGGCUGUGGCCCCGCCACCUCAGCCAUUUCUCAGGCCUACUUCGGCCUCGGCUCGGACCCUAUCCUCCUAGAUGAUGUAGACUGCAAGGGAAGCGAGCUAGAUCUCUCAACCUGCUCCCACUUAGGCUGGGGAAUGCACAACUGUAACCAUUAUGAGGACGCUGGAGUCAUCUGCACAGAGUCCCCCACUAAGAAGAUACAGAUGGUGAGAGUGGAGCUGACCCCUGAUUCACCUACGAACUUCAGUGAUCCUGCCAUGAGUGAGGCAAUUUUGCAGCAGAUAAAAGCCAAACUGAGAGCUCAGGGGAUGUCUGACAACGUUAAACUGAGUUGGAAAGUGCAGCCUGAUGAAGACAUUUUCCACAAGGUGAAGGGAAAGAGUCCGAAAAAGAGGAGGAAGAGGUCAGAACUUUAAAUACACAUAGGCAAAUUUACAGUUUACAAACCAUUAAGAACACCUUCCUAAUAUUAAGGUACUAUGCACUAUAUUCAUUGAUGAAAAUGUUUUUGUAUUACCUAUAGUAACUGCUAUAAUGCUUGAUAUUGAACAAUAAUGCUUCCUAUUGAAUUUCUUUAUAUAACCAUAAGAUUAUUUUUGCUUUAAUACAGAAAAAAAUGGUUUUAUUAUAAAUGUGUGAUAUACAGUUCAAUAAUUUAAAUACAAUGUUUAAAGGACACAGGACUGUUUUUAUCUAUAAUUUACCCUAUAAUGAAUAACUUUAAUUAGCAUGGAGCCUUACUUUAAGGGAGGCAGGUAGCCUAGAGAUUAGAGCGUUGGGCCAGUAACUGAAAGGUUGGUGAAUCGAAUCCCCGAGCUGACAAGGUAAAAAGCUGUCGUUCUGUCCCUGAACAAGGC